UCCCGGUGGCUGCAGACGCUCCCCGUGUUUCAUUCAUACGUUAUCGCGAAGAAGCGACGGCACCCUCCGCCCAGGACUUAUGGAAAGCCAGCGACUGGCUGCAAUAUCGACGUAUGACAGUACUGAACAAUAAUAAGUGAUAAGUGAUCAUACAGUGUAGUGAAACAUUUUCAGCAUAGAAGCAUCUGAGCGCUUUCUCAGAAAACUACUCCUUUCUGCCCACGUAACUGCCCCCAUUUCCUAUUCGCGUACAGGAUAUGCCGUAAACGUGAGAAGCGCCGAAGGCUUGCAAGACGAUAGCACACUUUGUUAAAAUGAAUUUAUUUAACUUAUCGUCUUAUAAACGGUUGAUGCCUUGGCGAAUAAGGAAAAGGUCAUACGUGGGUAUUUUAUUUCUCUUCUCUCUUUCUACAUCUGCAAUGUACUUCAUCUACACCGCGCCCGGCAUCGCGAACGAGUACCUGUUCAUGGUGCAGGCGUGUGGCGUCCAGAUCCGGCAGAACAUGCAGAGCCUGGGGGCGCAGGUUCUGCAGCAGGUGAUCCGGGGGGCCUACAGCAGCACCAACAGCACAGACUUCAUUUACAACAUCAGCGUCAGAGAACAGGACAUGCCGACAGCCACGUACCUCCCGGGGGACUUCACGUACCGAUCUGGCCAGCCCUGCCCAGAAAAGCUGCCUUCUAUGAGAGACCAGAUACCAGUGAACAUGAGCGAGGUAGCCAUGGAUGAAGUGGAGAAGGCCCUGUUGCAUGAAGACCCUGGGCUGGCCCUUGGGGGGCGCUGGAGGCCUCUGGACUGCCUACCAAGUUGGAAGGUGGCCAUCCUCAUCCCAUUCCGGAAUCGCCACGAGCACCUUCCCAUCCUGCUGCGCCAUCUGGUGCCAAUGCUGCAGCGACAGCACCUCCAGUUUGCCAUUUAUGUCAUCGAGCAGGCAGGCGACCAGUCAUUCAACCGAGGCAUGCUAUUCAACGUGGGCUUCCGUGAAGCCAUGCAGGACCUCGACUGGGACUGCAUGAUCUUCCACGACGUGGAUCACAUCCCUGAGAGCAACCGCAAUUACUACGGCUGCUCGGACAUGCCCAGGCACUUCGCCGUCGCGCUUGACAAAUACUCUUAUAUGUUGCCUUACAAAGAGUUUUUUGGCGGAGUCAGUGGCCUGACCGCCAAGCAGUUCCGAAAUAUCAACGGCUUCCCCAAUGCCUUUUGGGGCUGGGGGGGUGAGGACGAUGACCUCUGGAACAGGGUGCAAUUUGCAGGCUACUCAGUGAGCCGCCCCCAUGGAGACGAAGGCCGCUACAUGUCCAUCCCCCACCACCACCAUGGGGAGGCACAGUUCCUGGGCAGGUAUGCACUCCUGUGGCACUCUAAAGAGAGACAGAGCCUGGAUGGGCUCAGCAACCUGAGGUACUCACCACAGGUGUCCUACAGGCCUCUGUACAUCAACAUCACUGUCAACUUGAACCCCAACAUGGCCCCUGUUAUGGAUACCCUCUGACCGUUCACCCCUGACUCCCGAGCCACCCUCUGACCAUUCACCCCUGACUCCCGAGCCACCCUCUGACCGUUCACCCCUGACUCCCGAGCCACCCUCUGACCGUUCACCUCUGACUCCUGAGCCACCUUCUGACCGUUCACCCCUGACUCCCGAGCCACCCUCUGACCGUAAACCCCUGACUCCCGAGCCACCCUCUGACCAUUCACCCCUGACUCCCGAGCCACCCUCUGACCGUUCACUUCUGACUCCUGAGCCACCCUCUGACUGUUCACCUGACUCCUGAGCCACCCUCUUACCGUUCACCCUGACUCCUGAGCCACCCUCUGACCGUUCACCCCAGACUCCUGAGCCACCCUCUGACCUUUCACCUCUGACUCCUGAGCCACCCUCUUACCGUUCAUCCCUGACUCCUGAGCCACCCUCUGACCGUUCACCCCUGACUCCCGAGCCACCCUCUGACCGUUCACCUCUGACUCCUGAGCCACCUUCUGACUGUUCACCCCUGACUCCUGAGCCACCCUCUGACCGUUCAUCCCUGACUCCUGAGCCACCCUCUGACCGUUCACCCCUGACUCCUGAGCCACCCUCUGACCGUUCACCCCAGACUCCUGAGCCACCCUCUGACCUUUCACCUCUGACUCCUGGGCCACCCUCUGACCGUUCACCUCUGACUCCCUCAACUCUGACUUUUGAGCUGCUUCAGUGUUUUUUUCUUCUUACCAGACAUCCUCAGCUAAGGUGACAUGCACUGAUCCCCUUUUACACAAAGAGAAAAAAAACCCACAGAACUGAAGUCACGACUCCAUCUUGAUCACAAGUACGUCAUGAAUGUCCUCAUCCUUCACCCUUCAGACCUCAGUGUUUUUGAAGACACAUCAGGGAUUGCUGCUGAUACCCAUGCGCUCCAGGGUGGAUAACCAACUUGGGUGUGCACAUUUACACAAUUCAUUUCACUGGGAAUGAAAAUCAACAUUCACGCCUCUGCCCUCUGAGAUCUGGAUGAAGCCAAACACUUGUAGCCCUGCUGAGGCUCAGCCUUCAGUUGGAUCCCCCAUCUGCUGUCUGCUAUUCCUUGCCCUACUGUCUCCUGCUCUAAUCGCCCCACUUUUGCUUUUUGGAGGCCCUCCAAGCCAGUGCUGUGGGACAGGCUGGAACAAAUGAGUUUACAAGACAGAGUUAUUAUUAUUAUUUCUGCUCAAUGUGCAGCUACUUCUGACCUUGCCGGAGGUUCCUGAGAUGCACCCCUGUGUUGACUAGCAGCCCCACUCAUGCCAAGAAGGGAGGGUGCAGAUAUCAUGUGACUUUCCGUGUUGUGAAUGCCCCCUCCCCAUUCCACCUGCUCGAUCCUCCACGGGUCAUCAGAAAAUAGCACACUCUGCAGGCAGAAAGAGGAAGAGGCCUCAGACUGGAGACUGAAAGAGAGGCCGUCCUGCGGAACCACAAAAGCCCCCUUCUUCCUGCCAAACAACCAUCUUGCACCUAGGAGAGAACUCAAGUAUUUCGUAGACCUUUUGCUACAAUGCCUAAGGUGGAUUAUUAAAGGCUAGAUAUACAGUGCUCACAGAAAGUCUUCAGAUGAUUGCUUAGCUGUGAAAAUGUUGCAGAUUUAUUGGGAUCAUAACUGAAGUCCAUUAACAAGCAAUGUUUAACAUAUCUGCACAUAUGUCUCACGUGCGAGCAGAUGAGAGGCAUCAGGGCAAACAAAGGACUUAACAGGGUGCAACAGAACUUGAAAUAAAUGGGAUCUAGGGAGAAGGCAACAGGGAGAUAUGACUUCAGUGUCAAAACUGGGGAACCACAAGCCUGGGAAACACUUAAAUACAGGACUAACAAGGGAGCAGAAUGAGAGGCAGCUGGAGGGAAUCUCAGAAGGGCAGUAACGAGUGGACGGACUAACGAGCAGGGCAGGACAUGACAAUAUCUUCCUCACAGAAAUUUUUCUGUUUAUUAAGUGUCAUAAUGUUUUGACUCAUUCAGUUCUAUUCUUGCCAUUUUGCUAUUAAUUGCUAUCGUAGUUAUUGGCUCCCGAAGGGCUACUAAACACAUGUUUUUGUUGUUUUAUGUUAUUGCAAAGGAGUUACUAAUUAAAAAGCACCUAAUGAGACUGCCUCUGAAUUAACAUUUCAGAACAGAACUUUUAGAACGAUAAUUUUGGUUUAAUUUAUUUCUGCUUGAAAUUAAUGUUUUUAUUUAAAACUACUGGUAGUUUCUAAUGUGAUAUAUAUUUUUUUGUGAAAAAAAAGAAUAAGGGAAUGACUGUUCUUAUGAAAACAUCAAAUUUGUAUUUUUUUUACUGAAGUAAGAAAGCUUCCCCUGCCUUUCUAUGAGCACUGUAUAUAGUGCUUCAGUGUUAGUCAGCAAUACAAGAAUGCUAGCAAUCAGACCAAUCACAGAUCUCAUGGUUUCGGUCUAGUUACAUUUCUUGAGAGCUAGACGUCAGGCUACAGUGUAAGUACAGCAUAGGGUACAGCAUAGGGUCCACAGCUACGCCAUACGCAGGCCUCGUUUAGAUUUUUUUUUAUCGUUUUAUUUUCAGCUGUUAUGUUAUUUGUAUGCCGUCGAUGUUGGAUUGUAAGCAGGAGCUCUCACUUGCAGAUGCCCUUUGGGGCAUACAGUAGGGGGCGCCAUUACCCAACCCAGCUCUUGUAGGCCUGCUCUCCACCUGGCACCCACUCUUGCCACAUCGCAGUUUCUUGCAUGGCGCUGCUUUGCCAGCUGCCCGUGGAUCACAGAUGAGACGGGCCGCAUGGUGCAGCACGCCGCCGUGUGCAGUUGUGUGUUGGGUCUGCAGUUUGGUGAGAGACAGGAGGCCAGUGAAAAUCUGGGUUGGAGUUAAAUGGAUGAGCUCAGAUCCCCAGUAGUGAGGGCCAUGACUGCAUUUAGCCAGCACUGGUGUCUGAGGAGGGAGUUGGGUGUUGACUCGCAUCCGCCACUCCCUCCUCCAUCUGGUAUCAUUAAACCAAGCAGAAGUAUGCAUGGGUUUCAGUUUUGUUGUAUAAACGGCACUUUGGUAUUUAUAUAGAAGUACCAAUAUAAAUCAUGCCAUGUGUUCUAAAUGUUCCUCUAGACUAGACGUCAGGAAGGGACUCUGCUAUGCCAUGGUUCCCCAGGACAUUUUGUUUACCUUUCUCAGAGACUACAGCUCUCCUAGUGAGCGCUGUCUGUAAGUCUCCCUGAAUGAAGACAGUUGUUCAUUAAAUAAACGGCACUUCAACCAUGA